AUGAACGCCACUGCCAAUCCGACUGCUCCUAUACAGUCGACGAAGUUGAGCGAUGACUUGCCGACGUGUGCGGAUGGAUGUUGUCCGUUCGGGUAUACCUGUGCAAAGAACACCACAUGCGUCCUCGACACAUCGACCUCGACUACCACUGCCACCGGUUCCGCGUCGACAGCGGCCACAUCCGCGGCGACAACGAAACCGACUGCUACUGCGACAUCCACGAUCUCCAUCAGCGAUACCGCCCCUACAACAUCGACAGCCUCAUCAGCAACAGGAACCCCGACAUCCACUUCUGUAUUCUCAUCAAACUCAACACAAACCGAAACGUCUACUAAAUGCCCUCAAUUCCCAGCCACAGCCGUUGUUGCCGGCUUCUUUCCCGGCGCAGUAGCCGGUGCCCUUGCAGCCGCUAUGAUUAUGAUGUGCAGACGACGACGAGACAAACAGUCUCGCGAAAGCACACUCCAAAAGACCCAUCGCUCGUCCGGGGGUACAAUAGUAGGAAUUUCAGAUCCCAUCCCAGACGACGAAAACGGUUCUUUCCGUACGGAUUUCCUUCUACAACGAAAACUGAGUGGCCGAUACCCUCAGCCGGGCACAGUAGCACGCUCUAAAUCCAUGAUGCGCAGAACCGGUACGCGAGUGAAAAGCAUCUUCAUCGGGAGGAACAGUAGCGCCGCAGCAAGCCCGCAAUGGAAUACUGCAACUCCGCCUAUGCCUCCCAUGCCUGCUAUGCCUGCUAUGCCUGGUGUGAGUGACAGACCAUUUACGCCGCCAAAUCAAACCGGUAGACUUGCUGUGGGUCCGCGUCAACCCAGCACGGAGAGUAUCAAGGUGUAUUCUCCGCCGAACAUGUUGGGCAUCAGCAGCUUGAAUCAGGAUCGUAACACCACUUUCAGUGAGGUGAUGGAAAAGGCUGGCUUCCAGAAUGCGAGGGGUGAGCCGUCGUAUAGGGUGAAUGAGACACCUGUUCAGGGCGAUAGCCCGCAGCGGAAGAAGUAA